AUGGUCGCUGAUAAUAUCGAGGAGGUUAACAACGUUGAACCUCGCGCCUCUGAUUAUGUUCCACCACAUGUCAGAAAUGGCAAUGGGAAUGGCAUUGGCGUUUUAAAUGGCAAUCCAUGCCAUCCUCAGCAACGACCACCUCAAGCAGCGGUACCUAUACCAAACGCCCCUGUUGAGGCACAAGGACAGGUUAACCAGAACCAUAUCAGAGAGAUAAUCGAAGAUAUGAUUGGUCCUGCUUUCAGGAGGGUUGGCCGACCUUCGUUUCACAAACUAUACCCUGAGGAGUAUGACCGAGUUCAUCGAAUUCCUCGAGGUUAUGAGGUGCCUGAUUUCACAAGUUUCUCUGGAACAUCAAGUGAACAGUCCACUUUGGAUUACAUUGCUCGAUUCACCAUUGCCAUUAAGGAGAAAGAAGAACGUCAAGCACCUGUUUUAGACGAGGACAUGGAUCUUGAUGUUAGCUCGCCUAACCAAUUUCCAUCCAACCAACCUUCAUUUGACCAAGAAAUGAAGGUUCAGGAAAUGAAGAUGACAACAAAAGAGUGCAUAAAAGUGGAUGACCACAAUCCAUCCCCUUUAGGGGAUACUGAAGAAGUAAUUGAAGUCCCUCAGAAGGAGAAUAUACACUUAGGGGGCAACGACUGCGAUAAUGCAAAGGCUACAGUUUUUACUAAGCCUGAUGAAACAUCUACAUACCACAUUAAGGCUUUGUACAUCAAGGCUUACAUUGAUGGUAUCCCUAUAAACAGAGUUCUAGUCUACAAUGGAACGACUGUUAACUUGCUUCCUUUCUCAUCAGUAAAGAAGAUUGGCAAGUGCAAUGACAACUUGAUGCCUUCAGAUGUUACUGUUAGUGACUUUUCUAGCGCCGUCAAGAAGACUAGAGAAAUACUCCCUACACAGUUAACCGUUGGCUCAAGAACUUCCAUGACAACAUUUUUUGUAAUUGACUCUUCGUCAACUUACAAUAUUUUGCUAGGAAGGGAUUGGAUCCAUGCCAAUUGGUUCGUGCCAUCAUCAUUACAUCAAAUGUUUAUAUUUUGGAAUGGCGCAGAAGUUGAAGUGGUCAAGGCCGACAUUCGACCUUUCAAAGUAGAAUCUCACGCAGUUGAUGCAAGAUUUUACGAUGGAACUAUAGGACCUGUUAGGUUCAUGGGAGGUUCUAUGAUUUCGCAACAAGAAAAGGAAGAAGCAGUCAACAACGCUUUGAAGAGAUUGUCGACUCAUGCUAUAGAAAUGAAGUUACAUGAGAUAGAGGACUUAGCCGCCCCACCAGUUAAUGCGACUAAUCAUGACAACAUUUUCAACGAGAUUACCAUAGAUGAGCUUGAUCGUGCAUCCAUGAAACUCGACGAUCUUAAAGCCGAAGUGCAAGAUCCUUUGCUUGAAAUCUAUCUUGGCGCUGAUGGCAAACCUAGGCCAACUUACAUUAAUCUUCUAGUUGACGGAGCCGCCCAACAUAAGGUUUUAUCCUUUAUGGAUGGACACAAUGGCUACAACCAGAUCUACAUAGCGGAGGAGGACGUCUCAAAAACAGAAUUUCGAUGCCCUGGCGCCAUUGGUAAUUUUGAGUGGGUAGUCAUGCCUUUUGGACUAAAAAAUGCCGGUGCAACUUACCAGCGAGAAAUGAAUGCUAUCUUCCAUGACAUGAUUGGUAAGUUCAUGGAAGUUUACAUCGACGAUUUAGUGGUUAAGUCUCAUAAUACUCUUGACCUCAUCGAUCAUUUACGACGCUCAUUUGAAAGAACGAGGCAACAUGGAUUGAAAAUGAAUCCAUUAAAAUGUGCCUUUGGUGUUGGUGCAGUUGAAAAACAUCAAGAAGCUUUUGAGGCGAUAAAAAACUACUUGAUAUCGCCACCUGUCUUAGUUCCUCCUAGAAAGGAUAAGCCUUUAUACUUGUAUGUAUCAGCCACGACAUCAUCCAUUGGAUGUUUUUUGGCUCAAGAAGUAGAAAAAGGAAAGGAACAAGUAGUGUAUUAUCUCAGUAGGACUCUUACUGAUGUAGAAUAUAGAUACAGUCCUAUUGAAAAGCUUUGUUUGUCACUUUACUUUGCAGCAAUAAAGCUUUGGCAUUACAUGCUCUACUUUAACGUGUGCAUUAUUGCUAAAACCGAUAUUGUAAAGUACAUGUUGACACGACCUCUGCUCAAAGGUUGUUUAGCACUUUCUGAAUUUAGCUUCAAAUACAUUCCUCGAAAAGCAAUAAAAGGCCAAGUUGUUGCUGACUUUUUGGCCGCCCACCCUUGUUUAAACUUGGGAGAAGAAUUUGAAGAUGCUAAUGAAGUUAUGGAAGCCGCUACGCUACCCUGGAUCCUUGAAUUUGACAGAUCUAAUACUGCACAAAUAGCGGGUGCAGGAAUAGUAUUCACAUCACCCGAUGAUGAUUAUACCAUGAUGGCUUUUCACUUAGAUUUCGAUUGUACUAACAAUCAAGCUGAGUAUGAGGCACUCAUCAUUGGUUUAGAAUUACUCAGAGAGAUGAAAGCAACUUCGGUGCACAUCAAAGGUGAUUCAUUACUAGUGAUGAACCAACUCAUGCAAGAGUAUAAUUGCACAAGUCCAUCAUUAUUGCCAUACUAUGCAAUGGCAGCCCAAUUGUUGGACAAAUUUGACAAUGUAAGUAUUGAGCACGUGCCUAGAUAUCAGAAUGAAGGUGCGAAUGUCGCUGCACAACUUGCAUCCGGCAUUACUUUUCCAGACGAUAUUUGGAAAAAGGUAGAGGCUAAAGCAAUGAGAAGCACCACUCACUCAGAUGUCAAGAGUUUCAUCGAAGAACACAUCGUUUAUCGCUUUGGAAUUCCAGAGACGACUACAACUGACUGUGGUACUAACUUUGAUGGAAAGAUUACAAGUCACUUAGAGAGGAAAUUUGGCCUUAAGUUUAUCAAAUCAACUCCCUAUUAUACACAGGCUAAUGGGUCAUCCACUGGAGUAAGUCCAUUCUGUUUAACCUAUGGCCAUGCCGCUAUGGUACCUAUGGAACUAUUAGCUAAGUCAGCCAGGGUUGCUUUUCAAAACAACUUACAGUGGUAUGAUUAUAAUGACGCCAUGAUGAUCAAACUUGAAGACUUAGAAUCAGAAAGGCUUGAUGCAUUAAAUCAUCCAUAA